AUGAAUUUGACGUCACCCACCGAAAUCCAGGUCAGUAAAUUCGUGCUGCACGGUGGAGAUGUCCUGCUUGCAUCCCAUACCGGCUCAGGAAAGACACUGGCGUACCUCCUACCCCUGAAGGAUGGUAGCGUGCAGGCUAAACCCAAGCGCCCUAGAGCAAUAAUCCUGGGGCCCACUCGGGAGCUGACAGACCAGAUCCUGAGCGUGGCCAAGUCCAUUAGCCACAAAGCAAAAUUCAGAUCGGCAUGCAUCAACGGUGGGGGCUCGAUGGGGCAGCAGAAGGAGGCGCUGGAGAGGCCGCUGGACAUUCUGGUGGGCACGCCGCAGAAGCUGGUGCAGCAUGCGGAGAAGGGGCACCUGUACUGGGGGGAUGUCCAGUAUGUGGUGCUGGACGAGGCCGACACCAUGUUUGACAAGGGGUUCGGCCCAGAGGUCAGGGCUGUGCUGGGGCCUCUACGUUCAAAGCCCCAGCCUGCCAGCACAAUUCUAGUGGUGGCCACGCUGUCACAGGCCGUGAGGAAGCUGCUGGACACUGAGUUCCCCAACCUGAAGCGAGUCGAGACGAGCUCGCUGCAUCGCGGUGUUGUCGGCGCGCGCCACAGCUUCCUAGCUGCGCCGCCUAAUGCCAAUAAACUCGACGUCCUGUCACAGAUCGUGACGGGCGAGGCGGCGCGGGGCAAGAGGCUGAUGGUGUUCUGCAACACACUGGAUAGCUGCCGAGCGACGGAGCACCACCUGCGUGAGAGGGGGGUACCGACACUGUGCUACCACGGGGACGUCCCCCUGGACGGCCGCCGGGAGGCCAUCGCGCAGUUCUCCAACAGCGAGCCUGGCCCCGAUGGCCAGCCUGUCCUGGUCUGCACCGACUUGGCCGCCAGGGGCCUGGACAUGCCGGCGGCGGUGGACCACGUGGUGAACUUUGACUUCCCGCUCAACCCGGUUGACUACAUCCACCGCACCGGCCGCACCGCGCGCGCCGGCGCCUCCGGCCGCAUCACUUCGAUCGUGGCCAAGCGCGACGCCGUGCUGGCCGGCCGCAUCAAAGAGGCGCUCGAACAGAACCGGCCGCUCGACGAGCUGUCCGCCGCUAAGGGCGUCCUGCCUGCGCACAUGCAGUGA